AUGGCAGCGCCAAGUUCUCUUCGCUGGCACCAUCAACACCAUCAUCGCACCGCCGAGAUCGACCCAUCGCGCCAUCGUCCCCUGCAACCGACACGGACUCUGCCCCCCCGUCUCCUGCGCGAACUCCGCUCGAUUUCCCCCCAUAAAUACUCGGCGCGGCUUCCCCUGAAUCUAUCAAGAAAACAAAAAACGAACUCGAAGCCCUCGAAUCCCCCGGCGAUCUCGAGCGCACUAGCCCCCGGAGCCAACACGCCACCCGCCGCCGUGUCGUCGUCUUCGCCCAAGCCAGGGAUCACCAGAACCGACGUGGCGCCGUCGUUGGAGGAGCCGCAGCAGGCCGCCAAGGUGUCGCCGCCGCCGCCGCCUUUCGCGUCGGGGAAGUGGGGGUUCGCCGCGGGCGGCGCCUCUUCCUCCGACGAAGAGGAGGAGCAGGACAAGAAGAAGGGAAGCAAGCGAGCGCCGGCGGUCAAGAAGGGCGGCAAGCCCAAGCCCAAGGGCAAGGACAAGUACCUGCUCCCCCGCGCAGCACCGCCAUCUGACGAAGCCGAGGAUCUGUUCAUGUCCGGCACCCCAAACCCGGGCGCCAGAUCCGCCUUCGACGACGACGACCACGCGCAUCUCCCGCUCUCGUCCUUCGACCCGUUCGCGGACGCCGAGGCGGCCACCGGCGGGGCAGCCGGGGACGGCGACUACGUGCACCUGCGCGUGCAGCAGCGCAAUGGCAGGAAGACGCUGACGACGGUGCAGGGGCUCAGCGCCGGGUACAACUACGCCAGGGUGCUGCGGGAUCUCAAGAAGGAGCUCUGCUGCAACGGCACCGUCGUCGAGGACAAGGAGCUCGGCAACGUCAUCCAGCUGCAGGGCGACCACCGCAAGCGCGUCGCCGCCUUCCUCGCCAAGGCCGGCAUCGCCAAGAAGGACGACAUCAAGGUCCACGGCUUCUAGGCGACAUCUGUCGAUCGGCAGGAGAGUUUGGGUUCCAGUCUGCAGCAGUUUGGUCAAUUAGUUCGAGGUGUCUUUAGUUUGCUAUUUUGGUAAUUUCUGUUUGAUUUUGCAAGUGUGUCGCGUCUGUAAGCCAUAAUGGCUUGGGGUUGUGAACUUGGUCCUGUUAAUGGCUCGUACUUUUGCUAUAUGAAUAAUAAUGCAAUGCAGACUUUUACAGUAA